AUGGAGAAUGACGUGGUAGCUCAGUUCACCGAAAUUACCGGCUCCACGCCGGAGCUGGCUAUACAGUACCUGCAGAUCACCGAGUUCCAAAUUGAGCAGGCCAUGCAGCUUUACUUUGAAAGUGGAGGUGCACCCUUGACUGGUGAACCUUCUCAACCUUCUCGUCGGUCUGGGAUCCCAGACGAUUCCGAGGUGGUGAAUAUUGACUCGGACACUGAUGACGAUACCCCCAACACUCCGUCCCGCCAACAUUCGAUGACGACGAGGCUAUGGCCCGACGCCUUCAGGAGGAAAUGUAUGGCGGCCCAGGUGGUCCAGAUAAUGAAGAUGAAGUUAGAGCGCCGUUGGCUCGGACAACAGAGACUUUGGUGGGGCCCGGCGCGGACUAUGACAGUGGCGAAGACAUGCACGCCAAUAUUCUCAGUCAACUACGAGCUCGUAACCGAGGAGGUGGGUCGAGCCGGAAUCUUCAAUCAGCGAGAGCCAUCUUCGAUAUGGACCGGUGGUGAUGAAACCCGUCGCGAAGAACUCUCUGCCGUUACUGGGGGCGCGUCGGAUGCGUCAUCUAAAUCCAAUAUGCUCGCCGAAAUGUACCGUCCUCCCUUCGAGAUCAUGUCACGACUGCCUUGGGAUGUGGCUCGCGACGAGGGAAAGGAGACCGAGAAAUGGCUGCUUGUCAAUGUCCAGGAUGCAUCAGUCUUUGACUGUCAGGUUCUGAACCGCGAUUUGUGGAAGGACCGUGGGGUGCAAGAUACCGUCAAGGAGCAUUUCAUCUUCCUGCAGUACUCGAAAGAUGACCCCCGCGCGUCUUCCUACCUCCAAUACUACUUCCAGGGAAGCGACGUCUCCGACAAUUACCCCCACAUUGCUAUUGUUGACCCUCGCACUGGUGAACAAAUGAAGAUCUGGUCCGGACCGCCUUUGGUCAAGCCUGCCGACUUUCUCAUGCAACUUCACGAAUUCCUCGAUCGCUACAGCUUGAACCACAAUGUGCGCAACCCUGUGGCCAAGCGCAAAUCCGACAAGAAAGACAAGAGCGUUGAUGCCAUGACCGAGGAGGAGAUGAUGGAGAUGGCAAUGAGAAACAGUCUUGGGGGUGCAGCAGAAGCUGGUCCGACGCUCGAAGACCCUGAUGAUUUGACACGCAGUACGGACAAUGUUAAGGGCAAGGGCAGGGCUUCCGGUGAGGAAGAUGUCGUCAUGGACGAACCGGAGCCAGCUGCCGCAGCCUCCCCAUUCGCGUCCAUUCCCAGCGAUCAACCGCACACCGAACCUGCUGCGGACCCGGCCACAACUACGCGCAUUCAGUUCCGACACCCGUCUGGCAGAGUUAUUCGACGCUUUUUGCUGUCGGAUCCCGUUCAGAGAAUCUAUGAAUGGCUCAAGGCCGAUCCUCCCUUGGAAGACAAGGCCGGGGUCGAGUUUGACCUAAAUAGCAUGGGGCGCAAUCUCAUUGAUCAACUUAACACCAGCAUUGCAGAUGCAGGACUGAAGAAUGGCACGGUGAUGAUUGGAUAUCUGGAAGAGUAA